UUAAUUCUGAGUGACUCAACUCUCUUAAUAAGAUCCUCAGUAAUCACCGUUAUUUAUUUUUUAGAUUUGUCAAAGAUAGAUAAAAUGAUGAAAGAUCUCACGGUCAAUUUGCAAUCUGCAUCAUGGAAAACCGAGUCUUUCAAUCAUCAGCUAGAUCAACUACAACAGAAAGUACAAGCAAUAAGUAACUGCAUCAUUGAACGUGAGCGAGAUUACAUUCCUCCAGCAAUGACACUAAAUUCUGAUCCGAUCUGGAUCAGCAAGAUGGAUCUACCAAACAAUAAGUUGAAAUCGUCUACAGCCGAUGCAUCGCCUGUAUCGAUAGUACAAAAUAAGGAGUUAGAUCUACCAAGCGAUAAGUUGAAAUCGUUUCAAAGAUCAGCUACAGAGUUUCGUGAACCAGCACCAUCACGUGAGUCGAUACCUUUGAUAUCCGAGCAUAAUCUGGUAGUACUACCAAAUUACAACCUAGAAUCAUCACCGAAAGACUUCCCUGAUAGUCCAGACGUCGCGAUAAAAACAGUCAACACACAUGAAUUAGAACAUGUACAAGAAUCGAAUCAUGCAGCUGAUAAAGUGAAGUCCUCGGAUGAUCAUCAAUCAAUCGUAGUACAUAAGGAAAAGACAAUCGACCUUGGAGGACCAGACUCUUGUGUAGUGAACGCCACUCGUCUUUCCUUGUGCAAUCACACAUCUGCCUCUAAGUUGAUAUGCGAAAUGAUGUCUUUGCUAUUUUCAAAAGAAGAGUUAGCUACCUCCUCGCUUACAGGAACUGUGGCAAAUUUUCAUCGCGAAAAAGCAUACGUUAAGAACAAAUUUCCAAUAGAAAAAGAUUUCGACAAGAUGUUCCGCAAAGCAGUGCAGCAGAAGUGCAAUAAUGCAGUUCCUCGAAAUAGAGGAUCAAAUAAUAAAGGAGAAACCAACAAGUAAAGUUAAAGGAACCAGCAUAUAUAAAGGCGAAAAACCCAAAGAACGCAGAUUAAGCGUCGUAAAUAAGUCGAAUAACGGUUAGUUUCCAGUGUUUUUAAUAAUCGGGACCAAUACAACUAGUCAGAUUAUUGUAUUAUUAUUUGUACUUGAUCUUGCGAAUGAAAGUACAAUUAAUGUCACAGUGUU